CCGCCACUCGCGCGCCGCCUCUCCCUUUCCCUUCUUCCUCCGCCGCGCCGCCAUGUCGCCGGCCUAACCAAACCAACCCAAUGGCCGCCGCCGCCGUCGCCGCGGCGCUGCUCCGCCGCUCCACCACCUCCCCGCACCGCCGAAUCAUCCUCCCGCUCCUCUCCCACCUCCACCGCCCCUCGCCGCAACCCCCGUUCCCAUGGCUCCCGCCCCGGCAUCGCUUCUUCUCUUCCGCCGACACGGCCGGUGAUCCCAACCCGAAACCGCCGCCCCUUGACCCGAAGAAGCUAUGGAGCGAGCUCUCCGCCUGGGACCCCGACGCCGGCUCUUCCCGCCUCCCGAAGGCCACGUGGGACGCCGUGGUGGCCCUCGUCCGCGGCUUCGCCAAGAGCCCGGCCAUGUGCGACCAGGCGCUCGCGCUCUACGUUCCCUCCUCCACCUUCCCAACCUACGUCCGCCAAUUCCGCGCGUUCCUCCUCCCGCGCCUCUCCCGGGACUCAGCGGCGCAUCUCCUCUCCCUCCCUGCCGAGGAGGCGCACGCGCUCCUCCUCCCGGCCUUCGCCGAGUUCUGCAUCGCCAACUUCGCGGACGAGCUGAAGCAGCACAGGUCGGUGAUGACCGCCGCCGACCUCACGGCGCCGCACACCUGGUACCCCUUCGCGCGUGCCAUGCGCCGCCGGAUCGUGUACCACUGCGGCCCCACCAAUAGCGGCAAGACGCACAACGCACUCACCCGCUUCGCCACCGCCAAGUCCGGGGUCUACUGCAGCCCGCUCCGGCUCCUUGCCAUGGAAGUCUUCGACAAGGUUAAUGCCCUCGGUGUCUACUGCACCCUCCGCACCGGCCAGGAGGUCAAGGAAGUGCCUUUCGCCAACCAUGUCGCCUGUACUAUUGAGAUGGUGUCCACCGAGGAGCUCUACGAAGUUGCCGUGGUUGAUGAGAUACAGAUGAUGGCUGACCCCGUCAGGGGCUUUGCAUGGACACGCGCGGUGCUUGGGCUCAAGGCAGACGAGAUACACCUCUGUGGUGACCCUAGCGUGCUCAAGAUUGUCCAGAGGAUUUGUGCAGAUACUGGAGAUAAUUUGGAGGUGCAUCAGUAUGAGCGAUUUAAGCCGCUUGUUGUUGAGGCGAAGACACUUCUUGGGGACCUCAAGAAUGUUCGCUCUGGUGAUUGCAUUGUUGCUUUCUCACGAAGGGAGAUAUUUGAGGUGAGGCUGGCAAUUGAGAAGUUUACAAAGCACAAGUGUUGUGUUAUUUAUGGUGCUCUGCCACCAGAGACACGACGACAACAAGCAAAGCUGUUCAAUGAGCAGGGUAAUGAGUAUGAUGUGCUUGUAGCAAGUGAUGCAGUUGGCAUGGGGCUGAACCUUAACAUUAGGAGAGUUGUAUUCUAUAGCUUGGCCAAAUACAAUGGGGACAGGAUGGUACCAGUUCCUGCCUCACAAGUAAAGCAGAUUGCUGGUCGUGCUGGUCGGAGGGGCAGUGUUUACCCAGAUGGACUCACAACAACGUUCUUGAAGGACGAUUUGGAUUAUUUGAUCCAGUGCCUGCAGCAGCCGUUUGAGGAGGCACAGAAAGUUGGUCUUUUUCCUUGCUUUGAGCAAGUGGAAAUGUUUGCCAGCCAAUUCCCAGACCUUACUUUCAAUGACCUGUUGGAUAAAUUUCGUGAUAAUUGUCGCAUUGAUAAGACAUAUUUUAUGUGCCAGCAGGAAAGUAUCAAGAAGGUUGCUAAUAUGCUUGAGAGAGUCCAGGGGCUAUCCCUCAAGGAUCGCUACAAUUUUAUUUUUGCUCCAGUUAAUAUAAGGGAUCCAAAAGCCAUGUACCAUCUUCUGAGAUUUGCCACUCACUAUAGCCAAAAACGUCGUGUUAGCAUUGCAAUGGGAGUGCCAAGGGACUCUGCAAGAAAUGACACUGAGCUUCUGGACCUUGAGACAAAGCACCAGGUCCUAUCAAUGUAUUUGUGGCUCUCUCACCAUUUUGAGGAAGAUAACUUUCCUCAGGUGCAGCAAGCUGAGCAAAUGGCAAUAAGUAUUGCUGAUUUACUUGGAAAAUCACUUGCAAAAGCAUGCUGGAAGCCUGAAUCAAGACAACAACCUAAGCAGCAACGAGAAAACAAGGAUGAGCGCAAUGAGGAACAGGUAUCAAAUGACAGUGCCGAAGAUAUUUCUAAAGAUGGUUAUGAACGCCCAAAGGCACUUGCUAAGACAAUCAUGAGGAAAUGGCAAGAUAAGUUUAACCAGAACUCUCCUCCCUUGAACUUUGCUGCUUGAAAUUCUCAUGGGCUGAUCAGACGGAUGCUACAAAAAGAACCUGUUGAGCCAAGUUGGGACAGCUCGUACAACUCCAACUGCUUGCCUAUGGCAUGCCAUGGCUAUUUUCUUUUGGAGCUCAAAUUUGUUAUCCUAGAACGAAACUGAAGCCUACCAGUUGUGCUGCAACAUUUGCAUCAACAUGCCCCUAUUCCAAUGGCACCAGCCACCUCGGGACAACCAGCUGAGUAUUUGCUGUGCAAUAGUAGAUCGCACGGCAAGGAAAGGGUCAGGAAGUUAACUGCAGUUAAAUUAGUUACUUUGUGGUAUGCUACACUAUUUUUGUGGCUUUUUAGUUACCCUGACGCUCCUUGUACUGCCUGUACUCUUUGGAGAGCACAGUAACUUGCGACAUUUUUGCUUGGCACAGUAAUCUCCGGACUUGGGGAUUAACCAAGCAAGGCUGUAAUAAGGUUUUAGAGGUAUCUUGUUUAGGGGAGACAUUCUUUA